ACAGAGAGCACACAGAGCUUCCUACAGCUCCUCUCUCUCUCUCUCUCUCUAUCUUUCCUCUCCUCUCCUCUCCUCCUCUCUCCUCCUCUCGCACUCGCAUCUACAACGACCGGGGCUCUGUCUCCAGGCGCAGGCAGUUCCCACGCAAAUGAGGGACUGUCUCUGAAAGAUGGCAAACGGGUUCACUGAGUCUUCAGCUACAUUGCACAGAGGAAGACAACUUGCAUCUCUACACUCCGGAGCGUUUUAUUGGCAAGCCUUGUUUUGGAUUAUUUGUUCUGUAUGUGGAGAGGAACAUCCCUUCAAUGUGGAGAUAUGGUUACAGAAGUACGGCUAUCUACAAGCUAGUGAACCCAGAAUGUCAGUAUUGCGCUCCUCACAGUCCUUGCACUCAGCUGUAGCUGCCAUGCAGCAAUUCUAUGGGAUUAAAGUUACAGGAACUUUGGACGAAAACACGAUAGAUUGGAUGAAAAGGCCUCGUUGCGGUGUGCCUGACCAGUUCGGAAGCAACUCACGGUUUAAUAUCCGAAGAAAGCGGUAUGCAUUAACUGGGCAGAAGUGGCAUCACAAACAUAUCACCUACAGCAUUAAGAACUUCACUCCUAAAGUAGGAAAACUUGAAACACACAGAGCUAUACGCCGUGCCUUUGAUGUGUGGCAGAAUGUAACUCCGCUGACGUUCGAAGAGGUGCCCUUUGACGAAUUAGAAAACAAGAAAAGGGAUGUGGACAUCACAAUUAUGUUUGCUUCUGGGUUCCACGGUGACAGCUCGCCUUUUGAUGGGGAAGGGGGUUUCCUUGCACAUGCUUAUUUCCCAGGACCUGGUAUUGGAGGUGACACUCACUUUGAUUCUGACGAGCCGUGGACGCUGGGAAACCCGAAUCACGAUGGAAAUGAUUUAUUUCUGGUCGCAGUUCAUGAAUUGGGCCAUGCACUGGGCCUCGAACAUUCCAAUGAUCCAAGUGCAAUCAUGGCCCCGUUUUACCAGUACAUGGAUACAGAAAACUUCCGCCUUCCCCAUGACGAUCUACAGGGAAUCCAGAAGAUAUACGGUCCACCUGAUAAGGUGGUACAUCCCACAAAACCUUUGCCUACAGUUCCUCCACAUCGCUCUAAUCCACCUUCAGAUCCAAGGAAGCCUAACAGACAGCCAAGACCUCCACGGCCACCCACUGGAGAUAAGCCUUCCCAGCCUGGUGCCAAACCUAAUAUCUGUGAUGGGAACUUCAACACCCUAGCUAUUCUAAGGGGAGAAAUGUUUGUUUUUAAGGACCAAUGGUUCUGGAGAGUUCGGAACAACAGGGUGUUGGAUAGUUACCCCAUGCAGAUCGCCUACUUCUGGAGGGGUUUGCCUUCAAACAUUGACGCGGUUUAUGAACGGCCUGAUGGGAAAUUUGUGUUCUUUAAAGGUAGUAAGUACUGGGUAUUUAAAGAAGCUACCCUAGAACUUGGCUACCCUCAAAACGUGGUUGAACUGGGAAGUGGAGUACCUUCACAAGGUAUUGAUACAGCCGUGUGGUGGGAACAUGUUGGUAAAACCUACUUCUUCAAAGGAGACAGGUACUGGAGGUAUAAUGAAGAAAUGCACGACGUGGACAGUGGUUAUCCCAAGUCCAUUGCAAUAUGGAAAGGGAUCCCCGAGUCUCCACAGGGGGCCUUUGUCAGCAAGGAAAGUGGGUAUACAUUCUUUUACAAAGACAAGCAUUAUUGGAAAUUCAACAACCAUAAGCUCAGAGUGGAACCUGGCUACCCCAGAUCAAUCCUUAAAGAAUGGAUGGGAUGUGACCGAACUAAGAAUGGAGGCAGCGACAGGCAUGGCACUCAGGACGAUGUCGACAUUGUGAUUAAAAUUGAUAACACGUCCAGCACUGUGGAUGCCAUCGCCAUCGUGAUCCCAUGUACUUUGGCCUUGUGCUUUCUGGUGUUGGUUUACACAGUGGUUCAGUUCAAGAGGAAAGGAGCGCCACGGCACAUACUGUACUGUAAGCGUUCCAUGCAAGAGUGGGUGUGAUUGAAGCUGGACACUGUGAGAUUUUAAUAACAGGGAUGUAAACCCUGCAACCCAGCAAUGAGCCACGCAUCUGUCUGCCUGAGACACGUGAAUUAUGGUUGAGUUUCUUGGAGCUGUCUGUUCCGAGCAUGAAUGGAGAUUCUAUAAAGAGAAGGGGGAAGCUUCCAUGAUACACGGUAUCAUCUGUAUUUCGGUCCUUUGUCGUUCUUUGAUGCGCCAUUCCGUAUAGGCCUUUUAUCUGCACGCUUGAUGCCCUAGUGGACUUUGCCCCCGGAAUUAAGAAAAAAAGGAAAAAAAAUGCAAACAGAACACUGGUACUAUACUUCAUUGCUGAAUCAGAUCUCUUUCCUACUCGGAGAGUGUGGUUAAGAAUCCUUAUGCUGACUUUAUCUUUUUUUCUGAAGCAGAAAGACUCUUCAGCUUUUGCAUUCAUUUUCCAAAGAGGAUCACAAUCUGUCUAAUAAGGAAAUAUUGCUGCACUUGAUCCUUUCAAGUACAAGGCCAGGAUCACAAAGCAUAGAAAAUUAGACUGUUCUGAAAGUCUGUCUCCAAGUAACAGGGGCCAAAUAUCUGCAAUAUUGUAACAGCCUUAAAUAUAUAUUUUUUCUUUUUGUUUUGUAAAGCAGUUCAGAACAAAGGUGAUACUUGGGAUUUUCAAUAGCUGUGGUUGAUGUACAUUUAAAUUUUAUGUAAUGGAAUUGUAAAAUUACACUUAAGGAGUUCCUAUACAUUGAUUUUCCUGCUGUCACUCACCGACUUCCCACCUUCUAUCAAACCAUCAUAGAGGAUUUGUUUAACAAAGAAGACUAGAAGUAGCAGUAGAGUGCUAUAAAUGGAACCAUCAAGCAAAAAUAAGCCAUUGAUGCUUUUCCACCCACAACAGCAGCUGAGACCACACGUAGUUUCCGCCAGAGAGACUCGAUGGGGUGACAAUGCCAUGAAUAUACUUAUUGUAUAAUGACAUGGAUACCAUUUGUGAGCAGCUAAAGAAGUGUGCAUUAUUGAACUACAUAUAACUUCUCAGAAAGUAUAGCUAAUUUCUCAGUGAAUUGAAAUUCAUUGUUCUUAAAACA